GUGGAUACCAAGGAUACGUAAAAACAGCGAAUAAGUGAGGAGGUCUAUCUUUAAGACAGACGACUUAUUGCGUGACUGUGCUUUGUGCUUUUUUUUUCUUUUUUCAGUCGCGGUUUUCCGCCCUGGCGCCGCGGGCGGUGCCGAAUGUGCGGCGGUGAAGCGCCAGGCCGGUAAACAGCGCCCGGGUGAGGCGAUGGCGGCGGGCGGGCUGGCGGGGCUCCUGCCCGCCCAGACUCAGCUCGAGUACGCGCUGCUCGACGCUGACACUGCCCAGGAGAAGGAGAACCUGGUCUACCAGUACCUGAAGAAAAUGGACAGCCGUGAGCGGGACCUGACGGUGCCCGAGCUCGGCGGAGAUUUGCAAUGGUUAAACACUGAAGGUCCUAUUUCUCUUCACAAAGACCUUUGUGGAAAAGUUGUGGUGUUGGAUUUCUUCACUUACUGCUGCAUCAAUUGCUUGCACCUGCUGCCUGACCUCCACGCCUUAGAGCACCAGUACUCUGAUAAAGAUGGUCUGGUUAUUGUUGGUGUCCAUUCAGCAAAAUUCCCAAAUGAAAAAGUUCUGGAUAACAUUAAAAGUGCCAUUCUAAGAUACAAUAUCGUCCACCCUGUAGUAAAUGAUGCAGAUGCAACACUGUGGCAUGAUCUAGAAGUGUCCUGCUGGCCAACUCUGGUCAUUCUUGGGCCUCGUGGAAAUAUGCUGUUUUCUCUUGUUGGAGAGGGACACAGAGAGAAAUUGUUUUUAUUUACUUCUAUAACACUGAAAUUCUACAAGGAAAGAGGACAAAUCAAAGAUAACAACAUCGGAAUAAAGCUUUACAGAGACUCCCUUCCACCUUCUCCUCUGCUGUUUCCUGGCAAAGUGACUGUAGACAAUUCAGGAGAAAGGUUGGUCAUAGCAGACACUGGACACCACAGGAUUUUGGUUACUCAUAAAAAUGGACAAAUUUUACACACUAUUGGAGGUCCAAACAGUGGAAGGAGAGAUGGAAGAUUUUCAGAGGCGGCUUUCAACUCACCACAAGGGAUCGCUAUAAAAAAUAAUGUUAUUUAUGUAGCCGAUACAGAAAAUCACCUAAUUAGAAAGAUUGACCUGGAGUUGCAGAUGGUGACCACUGUAGCAGGCAUUGGGGUACAAGGUGUUGAUAAGGAAGGUGGAGCAAAGGGAGAAGAACAGCCCAUCAGCUCUCCGUGGGAUGUGGUCUUUGGAAGUUCAAUUUCAGGGACGCAGGAAGAUGAUGUGUUAUGGAUAGCAAUGGCAGGCAUUCACCAGAUAUGGGCACUGAUGUUGGAAGGUGGAAAACUACCAAAGGGAAGUGACUUAAAGAAAGGAGUCUGCCUGCGCUUUGCUGGGAGUGGGAACGAGGAGAACAGGAACAACGCUUACCCACACAAGGCAGGGUUUGCCCAGCCCUCGGGGCUCUCCCUGGCCCCAGAGGAGCCCUGGAACUGCCUGUUCGUGGCCGACAGCGAGAGCAGCACCGUGCGAACCAUCUCGCUCAAGGACGGGGCAGUGAAGCACCUUGUAGGAGGAGAGAGAGACCCAUUGAAUUUGUUUGCUUUUGGUGAUGUGGAUGGAGCAGGCAUAAAUGCAAAGCUGCAGCAUCCCUUGGGAGUAACAUGGGACAAGAAAAGGAAGCUGCUCUAUGUGGCAGAUUCCUAUAAUCAUAAGAUUAAGGUUGUGGAUCCCAAGAUGAAGAACUGUGCUACCCUGGCAGGCACAGGAGAAGCAGGCAAUGUUGUUGGUUCCAGCUUUACCCAGUCAGCUUUCAAUGAACCAGGAGGUUUGUGUGUUGAAGAAAACGGCCGCCUGAUGUAUGUUGCAGACACAAAUAAUCAUCAGAUUAAAGUGCUGGAUUUGGAAACAAAAAUUCUUUCCAUGUUGCCUAUCCAGAAGCCAGAAGCAUGUGAUGUUCCAGAUAACCUGCCUGUGAAAAAGGAUAAAAUAACAAACCUUCCACGACUGCCUAAAUCUGCACCAAAUGUUCAACUUCCUUCACUAACUGUAGCUCCUGGCCAGACAAUUCAGUUUUUAUUAAAGUUGACUCUUCCUCCAGAUUCAAAACUGAAUGAAGAAGCUCCCAGUGCCUGGUUUAUCACAGCAGAAGAUAACACCUGGUUGCUGCAAGAACAGUGUCUGACAGGAGAAAUAAAGGAUGUUUCCUGUCAAACUGUCAUUCCUUUUCAGUUGCCUGGGAGCUGUGUGUCAGCUGAAGCCAUCCUGGCCAUCAAAGCGUGCCUCUACUACUGCAGCAAAGGUAGCAGUGCCUGUAUGAUGGCAGGAGUCUCCUUCAGCCAGCCCUUGCAGGUCACUGGCACAGACCAAGGCAGCUCAGCUCAAGUGGAACUGAUACACACCUUUGUAACCAACUAACACAAAGCCAGCUGAUCUCACACUUUAUUUUGCUAUCCACCAUUUCUAUGGGAGAAAGUACAAAUAGAUAAAUUCGCUCUGUUUUUUUCUGGAGCUUAUGACAAUGCUAAGAAAUAAUAUGCUUGGUAAAAUGAAGUAGUUUCCCUACAGUCUAAUGGGAAAAUUUAUCAUCACAACCUCAUUUCUUUACAUAACAGUAGCAGCAAUAACUUUGUAAUACUGUAGACUCUUGCCAAGUGUGAACAUACUGGAUGUCUGCCACUCUUAAGAAGUGAGCAACAAUUUUUAGAGUCCAUUUGAAAGAGCUGGUGUUACUUUGUGAUGUUACUGUAAGAUCUUUGCACUGUAAAUGGUGUAAUAGUAGAUAAUUUUGGACUAACAUUUCAAAAUUCCUUCUGUGCCCUUAUUACAUUUUAAUAGAAUGUCAAAAGGAAGUUUCUUUCUCCCAUCUAUAAAAGAGGUAUCUUGCUUAUUCUUCUUAUUCUUCUGUAAUGAGACUAUUUUGAAAAUACACCUUAAACUAGAUGCAGCUCUAAUUUUAUGGAAGCUGAGUAUUUUGCUUUAACUCAACAUUGACCGCCUUACAUGAAGAGCAAAGGUUCAUGGGAAGUUUUCUGUGAAAGGAAGCGUUCAAGAUCCUGCAGAAGAAUUUCAUGGUGAUUUUUAACAAAGAAUGUGCCUCUCUGCAAUGUGUAUAUGUAUAUAAAAUAACCACCACAAAGCUAUGCUGGAGCUUUUCUGAUACAUACCAAUUUACAUUUUAUAGAAAGUGGUAGGUAAUAGUUGAAUAUCUACACUGCAAAAAUUAAAUGUCAACCAUUUCAAGCAGGGUGAUUCACUCCCAUUUUUAUGAUUUCUCUGCAAAGACUAUUUUGAAGACUUCUGUCUUGCAUAUACGUAAUAUUAUGAAGAAUAUUACACUCUUGAAGUCUGAUUCAGAGUCUUUUGAAGUCACUGCUAGUCCUUGGAUUUGUUAUAGUGGCCACUGAACCAGAAUUGUAUACUUGAUAAUGGAUUAUUAACGUUUAUGUUUAGAGCUUCUGAUCUUUUGCUGGAACACUGGUAGCCUAAUCUUUGAGUAAGACGCUUUAAAACUCUCUUGCAAAACUCUGUCCUUGGUGGUUAAGUGUUUUGCAAAUAAAAUUCCCUCCAUUUGCCAUAAGUAGGGGCAGGGUGAUAGUGGUGGUGGAAGUUUAUUACUUGAGCUGGAGGAGUUUCCAUCAUGCUUAAGUGGUAAUUGGGUUAGGCCCUGUGCUCUGGUCAUGAUGAUCAGUUCUGUAAAGAUUUUAAGUUGAAGGAUAGUAUUGUCACACAUAUUAGAAAGUGCAGUAGUGAAAUAAUUUUUUUUUAUAUAGUCUUUUCUAAAACAAUUACUCCUGACACCUGUUAGUAAAUCCCCUCUGUCAGUUGUUGCUUUUUUUUUACUUAAGCGCUGACUGAAAUGUUGGUCAUGAACCCAAGAGGCUUUUGUUUAAGGAAACCAUAUGGACUGGUGUGGUUCUUCCUUCCAUUGAAAUGCCAGUCUAGCUGAGAGUUCUUUGUGGCACCAGAAAUGGUUGUUAUCUCACCUGUCAGUAGAGCAAGGGCUGAAAUGUUUUUUUUCUUAUGUUUGGUUUUCAAGCAACUUUUCUAAUUUACUGUUUCGGCCCCUUUGUGUAAGCCUCUCAAUUCUCACAUGCCAUUUUGAAGACUGAAAAAGCUUUGCUACUUUGUUCACAGAUGGCAAAUGCUGUUGGAAGGAUGAAGAUAAAGAAACUAAUUUGGGCAUUUAUUAUUUUUUACACUUUAGUGAAAUUCAGUCUUUCACAAUUUUUUGUUUGUCUGUUUACCUUUGGAUAGUAGCCAGGAAACCUUCAAUCAGCUUCUAGACAGCCUGCAGAUUUUCUGUUGCUCUCUGAAAAAAGCAGGCAUUAGGUACAGAAGUUCAGAAUACCGAACUGAACUGUCACAGUUACCUUGAAUGUGUAAUUCAUCAGGUGGAUCUUUUUGUCACAUUAUAGAAUGGUUUGCGUUGGACAGGGACACCUUCCACUAGAGCAGGUUAUUCAGAGCUGCACCCAGCCUGAUUGUGAACACUUUCAGGGAUCUGGCAUCCCCAGCUUCUCUGGGCAGCCUGUGCCAGUGUCUGACCACCCUCACAGUAAAGAAAUUCUUCCCUGUAUCCAAUCUGUAUUUGCCUUUUUUCAGUUUGAAGCCGUUCCCCUGGUCCUAUCCCUAUAUGCCCUUGUUAAAAGUCUCUGUCCAGCCCUUGUAGCUCCUUCAGGUCCUGGAAGAUGCUAGAAGGUCUCUCCAGGCUGAACAACCCCAACUCAAACUUUCAGCUAGAAUGACAUUAUAUUUUUCUAUUUCAAUUGGAUCAGGUCAUCAAAUUCUGCCUAUAUUCCAAUAUUUAAAGAAAAAAAUCAAAAAUCUGUUUUGUUACUGACACUUUCAAUUAAUGUAUUGCUGUAGGGGAAAGACUGUAUUCCUCACUUUAUUUAACUAAAGUGUAUAAUGUUUUAUUACAAUAUUGUAGUUACAUUUUCUAUCUCAAUGUUCUCUCCUUGCUCAGUCUCUGUGUUCUGCGUGAUUGGCCUUUAAUCCUAUAGUCUAACAUAAAGUUUUGUUUGUCCAAGAAAUAUGGAUGCACAUUCCCAGAGUCACUACUUCUGUUUCACUUGGAGUGUACAGAUAUUCUAAUGUUCUGUGAUUAGAAAAGCACAGAUUUUUUUUUAGAGCUUAUGAUAUUUAGGGAUACUAUUUCCAUUUCUUCUUCCGGGGUUUACAAGCUGCUCUUACAGCAAAGCAACAAGUGCCAUAAAUUUCACCAGACAGGCAAACUGAAUAGGAUGUACAAACUACAAGAAAUUAAUUUAAGUACCAGAAAGUAUCCAAAUAUGAUGCAGAAAAAUAGGAAAUGUUAUUAUUCUAUAAAAAAAAAUCAGAUAUAUUGAUGACAGCUACCUCUUUGUAUGGGAGCUAAGUUUUUUGAUGUUCCCUGAUACAAAUAUUCUAAGCAGAUUGGAAUGGCUUAGCACUCCCAGAUUUGUGUCUCACAGUAAAAGUUUGUAAUUCAAGGCCUUUUCCAAACACAACUUUCUACUGGCUUUAACAGGUUUUGCAGCAGACCUUAAUGAAGCAUUAAAAGACUAUAGCAAGUCUCUAAAGAGUAUUGGUCAUGGUUGAUUUGUAAAAUGGAAACAAGUUCAGUGGCAUUUAAAGUUUUUUAGUUGUAGUGUUUGCAUUUCUGGGACAGCUUUUGGUUUUGAAUGGAUGUAUUAAUAGUUCCAUGAGAUGUUUUUAAUAAUUUUAUUCAAUUGCAGUAUAAUAUUUUUUAUUAGACUAGAAAAAAGAUUAUGUGGUUUCGAAGAGGGAGGAUAGUUUGUUUUAAUAGCUCUUUCAUGUUGUUUGAAUCCAGUAAUAUUUUUCUGUAGUUUGCUCCCUUCUGUUGAAGGAAGGGUAGGGAUGAUGACUGUGUGAACCUAUUGAUGGGCACAUAUUUUAUGCAUAUAUUUUUAGUUGAUUUCUUUUUGUGUAUUUCUUACAUAAUUUUAAGCUUUUCUAUUAGAUGCAGUUCUUCAGUUUGUGUUUGGCCUCUCCUAUCUUCCACCUGUAGAGCAUUAUGUUGGUAUAAUGCUGUGGUAGUGUGGUACCAAGCAAGUACAGACCAGGUGAGUAAACAUGAGGAAGUAGUUUUAUAGCAUCAGGUAAAUGCCUUAUCUGCUUAUCCUGAGAAAAGGUGCAUAUGGCUUCCAGUAUAUUGUAUAUAUUCUUAAUGCACUGAUUUUAUUUCAGUAGGAAAAUAUUGUAAUUGAAACCAUGGGUAAAACUGUUUUGUUGAGAGAACAUUAAGAAAAAAUUAUUCCUUACCUCUUGCUCAGAAGAGGGGGAUGAUGAAAAUGAAGAGAAUUUCCUUCUUAUGUAGGGCUAUGUCCUUUCAUUCCUUUAAUUAUUGACUAUUUAUUUUAGCAAAGAUGGAGGUAUUAUUGACCACAAAUUGUCUUGAAUUUUUGUUUGCUAAAAAAGUUUUCUAUGUACAUGGAAGCUUUAAAUGUCUGACUUUGUAGAGUUAUGAGUGAUAGAUUUUGUUUUAAAUAGUUUUAGUUUAGCAGACAAUAGCAGAGAUUUAUGUACAUUCUUAAGAUCUGUAAUUUUUUAAAUCACUGGUAUUCAUUGACUUACCUCAAGGACACGUUGAGGCUACACUCCCACAAAAGUGUGAACUCAAAAUUAAAUUUUCUUUGUUGUAGAAUGUGUGAGAUGUGCUGUGAUACAUUGUGUUCUCCAGGCUGCAGUUGUGCUACCUAAGGAGAAUUUUCCACACGCAGCAGCUCGUCAGUCAACCCCAGAAAUUCUCCACUGAAAUCUGCCAGGUCACUUGUUCAUAUAAUCAGUUAAUAUUACUGAUUUAUGUUAGCCAACAUUUAGUAUUCAGAAUUUAUCACUAUAAUUUUUAUUGAAGUUGGUUUGUCAGGGAUUAGAGGAGCUUCUCUGCCCCAAGCAAACGAAGUAUAGGAAUGGUGACAAUGGAGGUAGUUUUUGAAAAUGUGAGACCUGGCUAUUUUUUAAUUAAAUCACAACAUCUGGUUUUGCAUUCAACAAGAGAUCAUUAAUUUAGAAACAAUAUUCUAGUAUUUUACAUUCCAUUAUGUUCACGUAACCAAAUCUGACUACUGUCUUCCAUUAGAAGCAGCUGAUCUAUAUUUUAUAGUUUUUGUACUUUUAUAGAUAAAGUCACUACUCUCAUUUAGGAUUAGGAUUCAUUCCUGUUCAGGACUCAUCACACCUAUGAUUGAGUUUCCAAGUUUAUCUUAGUUUCUUUGUUAUAUAAUUGUGGGGGAUUUUAGCUGGGUUUUUUGGUCUGUCCUUUCCUCCUGUAGUUUCUACAGUGAACAUAUGCAGCCCAUAUCUUGCUACCGUGGAGGGAUCCAAGCAGGAAUAAUUCCCUCCACCAGCUCCUUGCCCCUCCCCUGCUUCAGGGAUGGGGAUGUAAACAGCAAGUAAUUCUAGAUAGCAUUAGAGUAAGAUGAUGUCCUCAGGUCUGCUUCAUCAAGCUUUGCACUCAUGCAGCUACUGUCAGGAGUUUUACCUCUGGCCCUGUCCACUGAGGUCCUGAAGUUAUUGGUAGCUGUCUCAGAGCAUCCCAUCAAACUUGAGUAGCCUGUGCAGGAAUUCUGAUGGCUCUUGGUUUCAGGAAUAUUUGAUGCUACAGAUUAAAUACUUUAGCUGCUAUAGGUUAAAUAUUUUACCUGUUAUGUAAUUUGCUGUUCUGUUGCAGGUUGUUUAAUUAUUGUCAGGUAAUGCACUCCUGCUGCAGAUGAGAAGCUGGAAGCCUUGGGUGUGAGUUGAGGAAUGUUUGUGUAGCUAUAAUUAAAUAUUGCUUCAUUUACCUCUUUGGUGGUCCUUUGCUUUCAAGCAUACCAGGGAAUUCUGUCCAAUCGCAGGCUCUAGGGCUAACCAAAGAAUUGCAAAUAUUUUGUAAGUCUUGCCUAGUUCCUUUGAAACAUUGACAAUUUUGAGCUAAAGAAAUCCCAUUUGAAGAAAACCUGUUCAUACAUCUGCCUUAACUUAAUGCUCUGUACUCAGCAUGCCUCAGGAGAUAUUCCACAGUGUAUUCUUUCCCAUUUUGACUACAGAUUGAGAAAUUCAACCCAUCUGGCCAUUGUCAGACUUCAUAGAAAGCAAAACAGCAAUUCCCAAUUUGAUUUUAAAUCCAUUGGAAAAAAAAAAAAAAGAAGCCUAUUUUCCAAGCUUUUGAUUAAACUGAAAUACCAGGUUUAUACAUUGAAGGAAUCUGUCCUGAGAGUUGCUUGAAUCAGGUGUCCAAAUCUGGUUUCCAGAUUUUAAAAAUUAAUUGGUAUUAAAGUGGGGAAACAAAUUGCUAAAUAUUUUAUCUAUUGAAUAUUUCACUUUAGAAGUGUCCAUUUUCACUUUUAAAAUAGCAUUAGAACAACUAAGACGUUCUCCUCUCUGUCAUUACCAUUUAUGUACCAUUAAUCAUUGUAUCAUUAAACCUGUGAUGGAUCUAUGUGAUUUUUGUAAGAAAAUCAAUAAAGAAAAAGAAGGUAGUGGUUGAACAGUGGCUGGGUGAAAUCCAGAUGCUCCAAGAUUAGUGGCAAAUAUCUUUAGGGCCAGGAGUUUGGCCAAUGUGACAGAAAUUCUGUGUUUUUAUUACAUCUUGAUGGCUGAAGAAAAAAAAUCAGUGCCUUUUGCAGCAAUACUUGAAAGUGUUUCUUUACAGAAAUACUGGAGUACUGAUUGAAAUAAUGUAUUUAACCUUCGUGGUUUGCAAGCUUCAGAAGGAUUUAAUUCUACUAAUUCUGAAACUGUGAAGAGUUUUCCUUCUCCAUCAUGUUAUUGAAUUAAUUUGAAAGUAAGGUGCUUAUUUGUCAAACUCCAUUUCUUACAAAAUACUUCGGAACAGGUUGUUUCUCAAUCUUGUGAGCUUACUUCUGAAGCUAUUGUUACCUCUUUUGUACACUCCAGAACAAAUGUGGUAGGGAGACUUCAAACAGCUUGCUGGAAUUGUGGUUUGAGCGAGAUGGAAGGCGAAUCCAUGCACUGAUCUAAAGGGGCAGAGGUGAUGCCUCUUGGUAUUUGAGGGGUGGAGAGUUGGUCUUUGCUUUGGAGUUGUUUUCAUCUGUUCUACAGAUCAGCAAAGAUGCUUUACACAGCAGAAGGUUGUGUGUAGGGGGGCAGUCAAGAAGGGUCAGGUUAUCUCACAGAAAACCUGUAACUUAUUUAGGUUCUGGUGCUGGGGUAUCUGAAAAGCCCAGCAGUACAAUGCUAGUGAGGAAAUUCACAUUUGAGCACUUAACACCUUAGUAAAUGUCUCCAGGUGGUUUAAGGGGAAAGACAGGAGUUUUAUUUUCUUCCUUGAGAAUUUUAGUGGUGUUUUUUAGGCAUUGGAAAAUUUUGUCUGUUCUUUGAGACACUAAACCUUUGUUUCUCCAUUACAUUUGAUGCAAAGCCUUUCACAUAUCUGAAUUUUUAAAAAUGUGGUUUACAUUUGUUGUUACAAAAUAUAAGAAGAAUUAAAAUGAAAGCAUCUACAGCUGAUCUAGGUUGAGUAAAUUCUUCGCUGUUCUUAACAACAUUCAUAGAUGAUGAUCCUUUUUAAAUAAAGGGUAAAUGUCCUGUAAUAUUAUGAGAACAAAUAAAUACACUGUAGAAGAAAUGUCAGCCUUGGCUAUCAAACCAACAGAUAAACAGUGAUUAAAGAAUGUACGCUUUCUCCCGUGCAGCCUCUUUCUCCUUGUAAAGCUUUUUCAUGGAAAAAUAAACAUUAAAAAGAUUUCAUGUUUUCUUUCAAGGCUGGCUUUUUCUGUCAAUCUUUGUGUGAACAUAGAUCUAGAAGUUAUGAAAUGUGUCUGCUGUGAGGGGUUGCAGCUUGAAUA